CGAGAUUCCAAGUCUCAACCAUAUAGUCUUAUAUAGGGUAGUCGCUUAGAAGAGAAAACACCAGGUAUGACUUUUACAAAAGAGAUUAUGGGCCAAUCUAUGGUGGAAGCAUUUCGUUUUGGUGCUUCUAUAGGGCCAUUAUUUUACUUAAAACGCUGCACCAGCAAGCAGCAUAGAAUUUCCUUGUCUCCAACUUUCUAUUGCUCAUCAGUUCAAGAAACAAAUGAGCAGAAAAAGAAGAAGGUGGUGGUGCAACAAACUGUUUCACCACUCUCAACUGUUACCGAGGGUGCUGAGUCGAAGCCGGCAUCGGACGAGACGACGAUGGUGACAGUAACUGCCAUGGUAACUGUCAAGAAUAGCAAAUAUGUAGAGAAUGCGAUGACGUCGAUGAUGCUUCAACAUUUUGAAGAUUUCAACAAAAUCACGCCUGGGAGGGGCAUGGUUAUGCAGUUAGUGAGCACUGAAGUUGACCCUAGAACAAUGGAACCAAAGGUGAGCAAAGCUGCUGUACUGGAGUGGAUGAAGGAAGUGAAGGUGGGGGCUUCCAGGACCACUUGCAAAGUAGAAUUUGAGAUUGAUUCAGAUUUUGGUAUACCAGGAGCAAUCACUGUGUUGAAUAAAAAUGAGAAGGAGUUUUUUUUAGAAGGCAUUGUCAUUGAAGGCAUUUUCCAUUUUCCUUGCAAUUCUUGGGUUCAACCUGAGAUGCUUCAGCCAGAGAAGAGAAUUUUCUUCUCUAACAAGGUUCAUUUACCUUGGGACACCCCGGCGGGUCUAAGAGAACUAAGAAGAGAAGAGCUAAGGCAGGCAAGAGGAGGAGGAGGAAAAGGUGUUAGACAAUAUGGUGAUAGGAUUUAUGACUAUGACGUGUACAAUGAUUUGGGGAAUCCAGACAAAACUAGAUUGGAUUUUAGGCCUAUAUUUGGUGGCCAUCAAUACCCCUACCCUAGACGAUGCCGAACUGGUCGUCCUCCUUGUGUUUAUGACCAGAAAGCUGAGACACCAGUAAAUGCAUUCAAUGAAACUUAUGUGCCGAGAGAUGAAGUAUUUGAUGAGAUUAGAACCGAAGCUCUGGAUGUGGAAAGAACAAAAGGAAUAACUCGGAAUCUUAUUCCUUUCUUCAAAACUUGUGUCACAAAAUGUGGAGCUUUCAAGCAGUUUUCAGAUGUUACCAGCAUUUACAGUGGAAAGACUGCGCAAGAAUUGAAGUGUAGAGAUUCGAGCACUAAGAUCCAAGAUUCUUUCGAUGAGUACUUCAAAUUCAGUUCUCCAAACCUUAUCAGAGGAAAGAACAGUGUCUCUUGUAUGCUAGAUGAGGAACUUGGCCGUCAGACAUUAGCUGGCAUCAACCCUUUAAGCAUAAAAAGGCUCCAAACCUUUCCUCCAAAGACUGAUUUAGAUCCAUCUUUGUAUGGUCCGCAAGAUUCUGCACUCAAAGACGAACACAUUUUGCCCUUCCUUCAUGGAAUGUCUGUACAAGAGGCUUUGGACGAGAAUAAGUUAUUCAUAUUGGAUUACCAUGACGCUUAUAUCCCAUUUCUCAAAGGCAUAAAUGCUCAAGAAGAUAGGAAGGCUUAUGCGACUCGCACCGUCUUCUUUUUGACUAGACUGGGAACUUUGAAGUCUAUAGCAAUUGAGCUCAGUCUUCCACAAGGAUAUCCAAAUCAUUUGUCGAAACAAGUCCUAACUCCUCCUGAGGAUUCCAACUCUUAUUGGCUGUGGCAACUUGGCAAAGCACAUGUUUGCUCCAAUGAUUCCGGAGUCCACCAGCUUGUCCAACACUGGUUAAGGACACACGCAUGCAUGGAACCAUUUAUUAUAGCAGCUCAUAGGCAAUUGAAUGUGAUGCACCCAAUUUUCAAGCUUCUAAAGCCUCAUAUGAAAGACACCUUGCAAAUAAAUGCUCUAGCUCGAGAAUCUCUCAUCAAUGCUGGAGGCAUCAUUGAAUCCGACUUCUCCUGUGGUAAAUAUUGUAACCACAUUGUUUCCGCUGCUUACAAAGAUUGGUGGCGUCUCGACAUGGAAGCCCUUCCUAAUGAUCUUAUAAGAAGAGGAUUAGCUGAACCUGACCAAACCAAACCCUAUGGACUGAAAUUGCUCAUCGAAGACUAUCCCUAUGCAAAUGAUGGCCUUCCCAUUUGGUUUGCAAUAGAGAAAUGGGUUAGGACCUAUGUGACAUACUAUUAUCGCGAUGGGCUCAUGGUUCAAUCAGAUUAUGAACUUCAGGCUUGGUAUAGUGAGGUAAUCAAUGUUGGCCAUGCAGAUCACAAACAUGCAAGCUGGUGGCCUAAACUAUCAACUCCUAGUGACCUCAUUUCGGUUCUCACAACUCUGAUUUGGAUCGCAUCAGUACAGCAUUCUGCAGUGAACUUUGGGCAGUACCCUUAUGGAGGGUAUGUCCCAAUGCGUCCCCCAUUGAUGAAAAGGCUAUUACCUCAAGAAGAUGGCCCAGAGUACAAAGAGUUCAUGAAGGACCCAGAAGGGUACCUUUUGAGCUCAAUGCCUGACUUGUUUCAGACCACAAAGUAUUUGGCUGUGGUCAACAUUCUUUCACAACAUUUUACAGGGGAAGAGUAUUUGGGACAAAGGAAGGAUCUUUCAUAUUGGUCUGAUGAUCCUGAAAUCGUAGAGGCAUUCUAUAGGUUCUCAAUGGAAUUAAAAAGAAUAGAAAAGGAGAUUGAGAAGAGAAAUAAAGACCCAAGUUUGAAAAAUAGAUGUGGGGCUGGAAUUCCACCAUAUGAGCUGCUAAUGGCUAGUUCUGGUCCAGGAGCAACUUGUAGAGGAGUGCCUAAUAGCAUAAGUAUAUAAACAUAUGAUAGUUUGAAAUUAGUUUGGGAAAUAUUUUUUUCCUUCACACUCAAUUGGGUCAGUUACAAGUUUACUGUCUGGUUAGAGAAGCAGCUAGCCAAGCUAUAUGUUUACUUAUAAGAAAUUGAAAUUAGGAAAAUGUGUAUAUGACAUGCUGUAAAGGAAUGAAUGAGUACAUCAUGGAGACAUUAUUGCCUACUGUAA